UAAAACAAAGAAGCCAAUAGAUUCUCUCUCUCUCCUCUUCUCGUCACUUUCUUUCCUCAAACUUUGCUGCAUUUCCUUACUUUCUCUCUCUUAAAACAAAAACAAACCUGUCCUUCUAUUGCUAUAAAAGUAAACUCCAUUUCCCCUCAACCACUCCUCCACACCAAACCUCUCUCUCUUCUCAUUUCAAAGAACAACAAGAAAAAAGAAAGAAGAGAAAGACAAAAAAAAAUAAAGAGAAUGGACUCGAGAAAGCCUUAUUUUAUAGAAGAAGCUGAGAUGGAUGCUGGAGUUUCCACUCCCUGUUACAAAAACAUGAAUCAGUACCAUCCCCAGAGCUAUUACAAUUACCAUCAGAACUCACCUAGAUCUGCUGUUGUUCCUGGAAAGUUCCAUUAUUAUAGAGCCGACAAUAGCUAUUUCGGACAACAAUCACUUCCUCACUUCUUGGACUCUUGUUCUCUCUGUAAGAAGCGUCUUGGUGACAACAGAGACAUCUUUAUGUACAGAGGAGACACACCGUUCUGUAGCGAAGAGUGUAGAGAAGAACAGAUAAAUAAAGACGAAGUGAAAGAGAAGAAACGUAAUCUGUCUUCAUCUGUGAAAGCUAUGAGAAGAAAUGAAAAGAGAAGCUCUUCUUCUUCUCCAACUAGAUCUCGUGACUAUGCUUUACACACUGGAACUGUUGUUGCUGCCUAGUUCGAUUCCUCUUUAUUUAAAACUGGAAGAUAAAAAAAAAAGAGAAGAAUCCAUUAACGUCAAUUGCUGUAAAAGCUGGUUAAUGGUUUGAAAAAACUCAGGAAAACAAAAUAAAAAGAUAAAAAGAAAAUAAAAAGUGAAGAAACCUCUCUUUUUCAAGGGUUUGUCUCUUUUUCUUUUUAUUAUUAGUUUUAUUUUACAUUUUCUACAAAAACAUGCAAUUUUGGGAGUACAAGAAAAUGUCAAUGUGAAUUUGGUAAAUCUUUUUAUUUCUUUUUAGUAGGUGAAGAAAACAAAAAUAUAUGUAUAUUACUAACAUCUUCUGCAAAGCUGUUUGAAAAAAAAUGUUGUAAUAAUAAAUUCUCAUAAAUU